GGGGCCAGAGGGGCCGCGCGGCGCUGGGCCGGCGGGCAGAGCCGUGGGAGUUGGGGUUUGGGGCGGCGCGGGCUCCUGUGCACGCCCAGCUCGCUCCCAGGCCGUGGCAGCCCGGGAGGUGUGGAAACCGCCUGCCCCGCGGGCACCCACGGAGCAAGGAAGGCGGGGGACGGCCUUGUCCCUCCCACUUUUGGGGCUCCCAGGCCAGUUCGCCGCCCGCACAGCCCUCGGGAACUUGUUAACAGAAAAGCUUGGCAGAAAAACAAAUGCCAACGUUUUGGAAGAACUGAGAGUCACGUCGUUAGGCGCUGAGGCUUUAUUUUCCUUCCCCGCCCCCUGCCCAGCGUCAGCCCGACUUGGCCAAAGAAGGAUGUGUCACCAGCUCGGGGCCUCGGGCGGAAUCCCCGGCCUGGCUGAAAGCUGGAGUACCUGAAACAAAGAAGAGAAGGUCAAAUCCCAGUGAAGGAAGCAACUUGACCAACUUACUGAGCUGGUCAGUACAAAGCAAAGCUGGGACCAGGAGCUCCUGACCGCCCACCUGGUGCUUUUCCCCUCAGCCACGUUUCCUUUCCUCCACUGGAGUAAAAAUAAAGGUUUCUCAUUCACACAAAAAAAAUGGAUCAUUUAAGUCUUUGGAAGACUCAGUUAUCACAGUACUUCUCUACCACCAACUAAGAUUUAUGAUAGUAAAUUAAUGACAAUAAAUUUCUGCAUCAAAGAACUGCUGAAGAACUAAAGGAGGAUUUUAUAUUAUAAAAAUUCUACAGUAUCAUGAUAUUACUAAAGAAAACUAAAGAUCACAAUUAUUAAAUUAUUAGACUUCCUAAUACAAGCACAAAUGUGCAGUAACUACUGUAUCCUGACAGUUACAAAACCUCAAAUUUAGAUGGUUUUUCUUUGUGGGAAAGGUCAUUAUAUUUGCAAGAAACCACUGAACUUUGUCAUCAAGUAUAUUUUCAGCAGAGAGUAAGUUAGGAGAAUUUACUUGAAAUAAGUUCUAGAAAAUUCCAGUUCACAUCACUAAGUGGAUUCGAUAUUAUGGCAGCAACUUACAGACUUGUGGUCAGUACUGUGAACCACUACAGCAGUGUGGUGAUAGACAGGCGUUUUGAGCAAGCUAUACAUUAUUGCACUGGAACCUGCCACACUUUUACACAUGGAGUUGACUGCAUUGUGGUACAUCAUAGUGUUUGUGCAGACCUCUUGCACAUCCCUGUGUCUCAGUUCAAAGAUGCAGAUCUGGACUCUAUGUUUCUACCCCAUGAAAAUGGGUUUUCCUCAGCUGAGGGUGACUAUCACCAGCAGGCCCUAACAGGCAUACCCAGGGUCAAGAAAGGAUCUACCUUUCAGAACACCUGUAACUUAAAGGACAUUGCAGGAGAAGCAAUCAGUUUUGCCAGCGGGAAAAUAAAAGAAUUUUCCUUUGAAAAGCUCAAAAACUCUAACCAUGCAUCGUAUAAAAAGGGAAGAAAAGUUAAGUCUGACUCAUUUAAUAGGAGGUCAGUUGAUUUUGACUUGCUCUGUGGCCAUUAUAACAAUGAUGGGAACUCCCCAUCCUUUGGUUUACUCCGGAGUGCCUCAGUUGAGGAAAAAUCGUUGUCCCAUAGAAACUCGCUUGAUACAAACCUAACUUCAAUGCUUCUUCACAACUUCUCUGAAGAAGACCUGGUUACUCAGAUUUUGGAAAAACAUAAAAUAGAUAAUUUUUCUUCUGGAACAGACAUAAAGAUGUGCUUGGACAUCUUGCUGAAAUGUUCUGAGGAUUUGAAAAAGUGCACAGAUAUCAUAAAACAAUGCAUAAAGAAAAAGUCAGGGAGUAGCAUCAAUGAAGGAAAUGGCAACGAUGCAAUUUCUAGCUCUGAUACUGUCUAUGUGAAUGUAAUGACCAGGUUAGCAUCCUAUCUGAAAAAGCUACCAUUUGAAUUCAUGCAGCCUGGGAAUAAUGAAGCUAUAGAUUUAACAGAACUGGUCAGUAAUAUGCCCAGUUUACAACUGACUCCCUUUUCCCCAGUAUUUGGCACUGAACAGCCCCCUAAAUAUGAAGAUGUUGUCCAGCUCUCAGCCCCUGACUCUGGACAGUUUCAAACUAUAGCACUGCAAGAUGACAAACACAGUUCUGGGAAAACAGACCCAGUAAAAUCCAUUCCAAACAACUCUACAAAUCCCUUAUAUAACCCUGAGAUAAAUGAUCCCAGAACUCUGAAAGAUGCCCAGCUUCAGUCACAGUCAUUAACCAUGAACUCUUUAGAAAAUGUUUCUUCUGGUGACCUAAUGGAAACCCUUUAUAUUGAAGAAGAAUCAGAUGGAAAGAAAGCAUUAGAUAAAGGACAAAGGAUAGAGAAUGGACCCGGUCAGGAGUUCUUAAAGGUAAAUGAAGAUAAAGCAGAAUUUUCAGACUGUGGUGGUCCUCUUAAAAAAUGUCCUGCCUCAGUGCAAAAUGAAAGUAGUAAGAUAUUUGAGAAACUAGUUGUUAACCUACCUGAGGAAGAUCUUAAGUCAAAAGUUCCUGAAGUUGAAGAGGGAGACCACAGAGAUUUUAUGAAUCCUAGCAGUCAGGAAGAGAUAGAUAAAUUAUUAAUGGAUUUGGAAUCAUUUUCACAGAAAAUGGAGACCUCUCUAAGAGAACCACUUGCCAAAGGUAAAAGCUCUAAUUCUGUAAAUAAUCAUAGUCCGUUGACUGGUCAGCUUCCUAUAGAUCUUGAGCCCAAGUCUAAAGUCUCUUCACCCACCGAAAAAGUCUCCCCUUCUUGUCUAACAAGGAUUAUUGAAACCAAUGGACACAAAAUAGAGGAAGAGGAUCGAGCCCUCUUACUGCGAAUUCUAGAAAGCAUUGAAGACUUCGCUCAAGAACUAGUUGAAUGCAAAUCAGGCAGAGGGAGCCUAUCACAAGAAAAGGAAAUGAUGCAGAUUCUACAGGAAACCUUGACAACCUCCUCCCAGGCCAAUUUAUCAGUCUGUAGAGGUCCUAUUGGUGAUAAAGCCAAAGAUACUACUUCAGUGGUUUUGAUUCAGCAGACUCCAGAGGUGAUCAAGAUUCAAAAUAAACCAGAAAAGAAACCUGGAACACCACUUCCACCUACAGCCACCUUUCCAAGUAGUCCCCGACCUCUCUCCCCUGUUCCUCAUGUGAAUAAUGUUGUGAAUGCACCAUUGUCCGUAAACAUUCCACAGUUCUACUUUCCUGAAGGACUCCCUGAUGCCUGCAGUAACCAUGAACAGACUUUAAGCAAAAUUGAAACUGCUUUCAUGGAUAUUGAAGAUCAGAAAGCAGACAUCUAUGAAAUGGGAAAAAUUGCAAAGCUCUGUGGCUGUCCUCUCUAUUGGAAAGCCCCCAUGUUCAGGGCUGCUGGGGGAGAGAGGACAGGAUUUGUGUCAGCACAGUCAUUCAUUGCCAUGUGGAGAAAGUUGUUGAAAGACCAUCAUGAUGAUGCCUCCAAGUUUAUCUGUCUUCUAGCAAAGCCCAGCUGCAACUCUCUAGAACAGGAGGAUUUUAUCCCUUUACUUCAGGAUGUGGUGGAUACACACCCUGGCCUCACGUUCCUGAAAGAUGCUCCAGAAUUCCACUCCCGCUACAUCACCACGGUUAUUCAGAGAAUAUUCUACACAGUCAACAGAUCUUGGAGUGGAAAAAUAACUUCGACAGAGAUAAGAAAAAGCAACUUUUUGCAAACGCUAGCCCUUUUGGAAGAAGAGGAAGAUAUAAACCAAAUCACAGAUUACUUCUCCUAUGAACAUUUCUAUGUUAUUUAUUGUAAAUUCUGGGAACUAGAUAGUGAUCAUGACCUCUACAUCAGCCAGGCAGAUUUAUCUCGAUACAAUGACCAGGCUUCAUCAAACAGAAUUAUUGAAAGGAUAUUCUCUGGGGCAGUAACAAGGGGAAAAACAGUACAGAAAGAAGGAAGAAUGAGCUAUGCAGACUUUGUUUGGUUUUUGAUCUCUGAGGAAGACAAAAGGAACCCAACCAGCAUUGAGUAUUGGUUCCGCUGCAUGGAUGUGGAUGGGGAUGGUGUACUCUCCAUGUAUGAGCUAGAGUACUUCUACGAGGAGCAGUGUGAACGGAUGGAAGCCAUGGGCAUUGAGCCCUUGCCAUUCCAUGAUUUGCUGUGCCAGAUGCUUGACCUGGUGAAGCCAGCCACUGAUGGCAAAAUAACACUACGAGAUCUGAAGAGAUGCAGAAUGGCACACAUCUUUUAUGACACUUUCUUUAAUCUGGAGAAAUACUUAGACCAUGAACAGAGAGAUCCCUUUGCGGUCCAGAAGGAUGUUGAGAAUGAGGGGCCUGAGCCUUCUGACUGGGACAGGUUUGCAGCUGAGGAAUAUGAGACUCUUGUUGCCGAGGAAUCUGCCCAAGCACAGUUCCAGGAAGGCUCCUUUGAAGAUUAUGAAACAGAGGAACCUGUCUCUCCCUCUGAAAUUGGAAACAAAGGCAAUAAAAGUAAAAUAGUAACCUCAAGCCUUUCAGAGAAAUGUGGAAAGCUUCAGUCAGUGGACGAAGAGUAGCUGCCAAUGUCUACAUGAGAGAUACGUAUUUUAAAUGUCUUUUUCUUGUGGAGAUGCUCCAGUUUGCAUACUGCUUUUUAAAGGCUUUGAUUUCUGCAAGUGUGUAUCUGCACUAGAACUUCAAAACAUUUUUAAGCAAUAGGUCUGGAUACACAUACUCAAUUUGAGGGACUCCUCCGAUUUGCCUCAAACCUCUUACGGAGCUUUUCCUCCAAUACAGUGAUAUACACCACCUUCUAAAGUCUGUGAAUCAGCACUCUUCACCCCUGAAUGUACCAAGGAUCUCUUGGGGACAGUGCCAAGUGCAGUUCUCUGCACAAAAGCAGGAGUUGCCUCUGUUGUCCGGCAUCCUGAGGCCCCUCAGGGCUCCUUUGGAGCCCAGAAGAAACCUUCACUUGCAGAAAACUUGAGUCAAAAACAUUCUGGAACUUAAAAAAGCAGUUAAGAGCCUCCAGAAGUGACUUACCCCUGGUAAUAAAAGCACUGCCAAAACAUCUCAGAGACUUUUUAAAUAUGUGUACUGGAGUACAAAGAUCUUGAACUUACUUGGUUUAAUGUAAUUUCACAAUGACCUGCCAAACUGCUAGUCACUUUACAUCCUCAGGUAUUGUAACCACUGGGCCUUCCAAACCUUGCUGGCAAAUUCUGAAUAAUCUGUCCCCAUCCUGACUGUGGAUCUUAUAUAAAAUAAUGAUGAAAAAACUUCUAAGUACAGAAUUUGACUUAUACUUGAAAAAAAAGUUUCCUUUUAUCUAACAUAUGUGAAGAAUUACUGAAUGACUUAUUAAAUUCCAAAUUAGUUGAUACCCCAUCUGUACUUCCUAUUAGAAGGCCUAUUUGAAGACUUGGUGACAUACGAAAAUUCUUACUAGAUGUAUUCCUUUCAUCGCUGAAUAUUAGACUAAGCCAACAGUAAAGGCCUCAAUCUAAGUAUUAUCCCUUCAUAUUGAAAAUGAACAACUAUUUCAAAUGUUCCAUCACCUCAAUAUUUAUCACAAAAAUGAAAGAAAACAGUGAUGGCACCCAUAAAAGGAAACCUGUUUCAUCUGUACUAUAGUGGUAGAUGUGUUCAUUACAGAAUUCUACAUUUUUUCAGCAAGCCACAGUGCAGCCAAAUCCUACAAUAUCCUUAAAGAUAAAACUGAAAAUAAACUGAAAAAGGAUAGACAUUUCUAAUGUAAGCAAAAGAAACCCCCAAGAAACUUUAACAUCCGUGUCAAAGUCAUCACCUUUUCCCCUGGGUUUUGUGCUUUAACCCCAAGUCCUAAAUGUCAGAAUAGUGUCCCUUGCCACCCUGCUUUGGUUCCCCCUUACCAAUGUGAAAGUCAAAAAACGAAAUAAUCAAACCUUGGGCUAUGGUAGGCAAAAAGUAGAGGUAAGUGCAAUUUAGGAAAUGUACCAUCAACUGGUACAGUAAUAGCAGUUUUUUUUAGUAUCCUCUGUUGCCUGUUAUUUUACUUUCAUGAUCAGAAUUAAUCCUCCAUUUAAUGGUUACAGAAAAUGAUAAAUAUUAAAACUUGGCAUCUAAUAGUUCAACAUACUAAAAGCUUAAAAAUGACUAAAUUCUUAGGAAACAUAUGUAAUAACCUAAACACAUUAGUAAAUUAGGAUUAAAAUUAUUUGUAAUAUGUGAAAUUUACCAUCUAUUCCACCCAUCCUUUACCAGGGAGAGAAAGCAAUUACUUUUUAAAAAUUUCAGAUAAAAUAUUAAAAAGGUAAUACUUUUAGAAGCCAGAUAUGGUUUAAAGGUUUUAUUAUCCAUAAUGAUCUAAACUAUUUCUAAGACUCAUCAGCAAAAAGUUAAAAAUUUUAGUUUUCCAACAUACAUUUGGAUUUUUUUAAUACUAUUUGGCUUUUACCUUUUUACCUUGUGUCUCCUUACUGAAAUCCUCUUGCUUUUACUUUGGUAUUUGGUUUCAAAAGUCUGUAAUUAUUAUAAAAAGUUACAGCUACCAAGAUCAUUCCAUUUAAGAUAAAGCUAUUUUAAUUUAGGGUACCCGAAGUAUUAUAUUUUCAGACAUAAGUGUGUUCUUAAGAGUUGAAUGCAAGAAAUGUGAAUUCCGAGGAACUAGGACAGUAUAUAUUUGACUUUCUGGUAAAGAUUUCACUGAAUAAAAUCAUUACUGCCCAACUGGAAAUUUCAAGUUUUUACAAUAUCCCAGGCUGCUUAAUAAAAAUUAAAUUGAGGGUUAUCAUGGUCUUAAUACUAUUCAAUGAAAAAUGAGUUUCAUAGCAAAACAUUAAUUGCCACAGUAAUCAAAUUAAUGAAAUUCUGUGUAUUUUCCCUGCAUCUUAUCUAUGUCAUUGUGUACGAUUCAUAGUGUUUAUAAAAUUCCAGAUUGAUCAAAUGACGUAAGUCAUUUGCUCAACUUUUGGAAAUGUUACAAAAGUGUGUUUGGGUGGAGAAACCUGCAUGAUUUAACUUGUUUUUGUUUUUCCCUUUUUGCAAAACUAAAUAAAGAGACAAGUUGUCAAAUAUGAACCACA